AUGUCCAAAUCCUGGCAAGUUCAUCAAAGUUUAUAAGAAAGUUUAUGUUCACAAUUGAACAAAGAUGAAAUACUUGAAGAGUUUUUACAAGUUUGUAAUCACAUAGCAAAUGAAGAUUAAAAUAGUAUCAAAAGUUUGAAUUCAAAAUUAUAAACUAUUAAAAAACACUACGCCUAACAGAAAUGCAGAAUUGAUCAUCAAUUUAAAUACAUACAGACAUUAUUGGAAUAAAAAAGGAAAGAAUUAAUCACUUAAUUAAAUAAUCAUGAAAUGGAAUUAGAUAAAACAUUCAAAAACUUAAGGGAUGAAGUCACCCAAAUCUAGUCAGUUGUCUUUAAUAUCCAGAAUGACAUAUUGAGUAAUAGAUAAGAAAUUUUAUCAGAAGUAGAUGAAGAAACCUUUUAGAAUAUCCUCACCCAGUUUGAUCAAUAAAUAUAAAUGGCUUAAAACUAUAAGAAAGAACUCUUGUCAACCAAAAUAACAUUAAUUAUAAUAGAAGAGUGGACAGCUAGUCAUCAAGAUGUGAUUAAGCAUCUCCUUAAUUAAUCAAUAACAAUAAAGGAUUACUAAAAAUAAAUCGAACCUCAUCAUUCAGAAAUGAGUGCCUCUACUUGUAGUGAUAAGAUGUAUUCAUCGAACAGAUCAAGUUAAGAGCUUCCAAUUAAACAAACUCCCUUAAUAAUCAGUUUUGAUCAAAAGUACUAUCUGCAAUCAAAGUAGACUGACAUAACAAAAUCUGAUUCAGAUAUCCAUGACAGUUGUGAAUCAGAUUUUUUAGAAGAAUGGGCAAAACAAUGA